UCGAUACUGGAUCCAGAGAGACCAGGAAGAGAACAAAGAGAGAGCUGAGUUAUGGAGACACAUCACUGUGAUACAUGCGGGAAGAACCUUUCUUCAUCCGGUAGCCUCAAGAGGCACAUGAAGAUCCACACUGGAGAGAAGCCCUACAGCUGUGACCUCUGUGGUAAAACUUUUCGCCAGGCUGACCAUUUCAGAGCUCAUAGCAGGAUCCACACUGGAGAGAAACCCUACAGCUGUGACCUCUGUGGUAAAACCUUUAGAAAGAAUUGGGACUUAACAGUUCACCACAGAAUCCACACUGUAGAGAAGCCCUACAGCUGUGACCUAUGUGGUAAAACCUUUAGCAGUGAUGGCAGUUUGAAAGGUCACAGCAGAAUCCACACUGGAGAGAAGCCCUACAGCUGUGACCUCUGUGGUAAAACCUUUAGCAGUGAUAGCAGUUUGACAGGUCACAGCAGAAUCCACACUGGAGAGAAGCCCUACAUCUGUGACCUUUGUGGUAAAACCUUUAGACGGGCUGGGGAAUUAAAAGCUCACCGCAGGAUCCACACUGGAGAGAAGCCUUAUGGCUGUGACCUCUGUGGUAAAACCUUUAGCAGAACUAACCAAUAUAUUGUCCACCGCAGAAUCCACACUGGAGAGAAGCCCUACAUCUGUUACCUCUGUGGUAAAACCUUUAGCCACACAAGCCAUCUCAGACGUCACCACAGAAUCCACACUGGAGAGAUGCCCUUCAGCUGUGACCACUGUGGUAAAACUUUUAGACAUGCCAACAGUUUCAAAAUUCACUGCAGAAUCCACACUGGAGAGAAGAAGCCCUACAGCUGUGACCUCUGUGGUAAAACCUUUAACCAGAAUGGGAAUUUGACAGCUCACCGCAUGUCCCACACUGGAGAGAAGCCCUACAGCUGUGACCUCUGUGGUAAAACCUUUAGCCAGGCUUCCACUGUGAGAGUUCACCGCAUGUCUCACACUGGAGAGAAGCCCUACAUCUGUGACCUCUGUGGUAAAACCUUUAGCCAGGCUUCCGCUGUGAGAGUUCACCGCAGGAUCCACACUGGAGAGAAGCCCUACAGCUGUGAUCUCUGUGGUAAAACCUUUUGCCACACUGGCAGUGUCAGACAUCACCGCAAGACCCACACAGACGAGAAGAUCUAAGAAGCACACACUGACUAUGUCAAACAAAUGACCUAUUGAAGAGUUUCUUGCACAUCUAUGAUGGAAAAACCAAGGGGGUAAAGUUGUCCCAGCAGUCACCACCUGAGAGAACUUCUGUACGACCCACAGCUACACUUCCCCUGUAACAAUGGAGGGGAAGCUGUGUCAGACUGGGGAGAAUCUUGGUAAACACUGGCUGACACCUUUCAGUUUUGAAGCACACAUUUGUAAUUUAUAAGAAAACCAUCAAGGUGCUCAAUAUUAAUUUUCUGUUUGACCUCUUUAUCGCUGCCACCCUUUAGAAUGUCUCUGUGUUUGACCCAUUUGUUGAGUAAGAUUGGUUGGUUUGUUAUUGUUUUAAUUACAAGAGCUGUUGAGGCUCAUGCAGGUUGUUCUUAAAACUGUAUCUGUACUUAAAGGAAUACAAUACUUAUUAGUUCUGAUGAACACCUAUAAUUGUGUCAAUACUGAAGGAUUGUUAAGGAUUUUAGCAUUAGCACCCCUAUGCUUUGGAAAGACCUGUCUGAGGACAUUACAUUAUAUUUCAUUCACUGGACGUCACGCUAAAUACACCAGAUAGUGCACAUAGAAAGUACAGCAGAAGAUCAAUAACCAGAACAAACAAGAAAGGCAAGAAUUAUACCUUAUAUUUUAUUGUUGUUUACUUUAUAAUAGUGUUUAUAGUUUCAUGAUCGUGUUAUCUAUUUAAAGUCUUCAUUUUGACACCAUACUUUCAGAAUCAAGUUCCUCUAUGGAUACGAUUUUGUACAAUGUAAUAUAAUUUCAUGUUAAGUUUAGCAACUGAAGUGUUGAGAUACACAAGAAGAUAUGAGAAAAGACUAACCCCCAAAAAACGUUCAGCCCUGUUAUGCUGGUGUCCUGAGUGCUCGAGCCAAGGAAACUAAGCAGGUAAUAAGACAUAGAUGGGUAUGGUCAUUUCAAUCUGCGAUAAAAUUGCAAGGUUCUGUUGUGGAAAAAACAUCACACUAUUGUAAUUAUGAAGAUGGAUAAUGAUUAUAGAUUUAAUGAAACUUGUAAUCAUUUUUUUGUAUAUAUGCUAUAAUACUGGAAACCAUAUUAGUAUAAGCGAUAUUAUUGGAAACCAGAUGACAAGCUUGUUGACUGAUUAUAUUUUACCCCUAGAAAAUGGUAGAAGAAAUAAAGCCCAAAAUAAGAAGAUCUGGAUAAUUAGGGGCUGAGUGGGGGAGAAGAAUGUGUGUGUGCUUCCAUAAAGAACCAGGAAGGCCCAGCUACUACUUAUGAGACAUAUUUGUGGCCUCAUGCCCAGGAGCCUAGUGCAGCUGGCUGUUCAAGGUCAGAUCGGGCCUAAAUUGUGAGAAUUGUCUAUGAAGGAAAGUUCCUGUAAUUUGAAUCCUCUAGAACAAGGGACCAGCUGUUUAAGAAUGCAUAAUGCACAUUUAACCAACAAGUAUUGUACCAUAAUACCAUAUGGUAAUACUAAAAAAGUGAAAUGUCUGGAGAGAAUUUCAAUCUGAUCCUGGGAUCAUGCUCACAUUGUAUUGGGAAUGUUUGUCACCUGAGGACCAAUUAAACACUUUGCAUCAACCCUGCUGUGUUCCAGUGCUGUUUUUAAACUUUGAGAAUGGAUUGAAGACGUACAGAACAUUUGUUACAUUAGUUCAUUUAUGUAUAGGCAAAAUACAUUGAAUGAUGGAAAAUACAACAUUUUGGUCUUUGGUCAUUAAAUAGUUAUAUAACCUGUGUCAGUUGUUAGGCCUGGCCUAGCCUUAAAGCUUAAUAUCUAUUAGCCUACUUGGGGGGCGUGGGCAGGGGUGUACACAAUGAAAACUUGUCUUGGGACACACACCCACGUAAACGGGGGGGGUCUCACUCCAAGCUUUUGAUAGAACUUGACGACCCUGUGAGCUCUAAAUCCAUGUAGUUUGUCAUACGUAAAGUGAAGUUUCCCCUACGUUUUAAAAUGUAUUUUGAGACCCAAUGUAGGCCUAUUUAAAGAUCGAAGCUCUGUUGCAAUUUUAACAGCUUUGAAGGUAAGUGCUAGCAUUAUAUGCGUUGCUUUUGACAUAAUAUCCAGGAUUUUCGACUUGCCUUGUUUUAAAACUCAUUUCGGUGCUAGCUAGGCUAGCUUUACCUACUUCGAUUGUGUUGUUAGCUAGAUUCAGUGUUUGUCGUCAUUAAUUGAGAUGUUAGUAACCUACGUUGUGAAAACUGUAUGUUAUAUUAUUUUAUAUUAUUUAGAUGCAGUCUUGUGAGUCUCAAUGUAGGCUACUUACUUUGGUUUUGGGAACUUUAAUUUGACCGCCCUCGUGGGCAGCGUAGUGUGCUGUGUUCUGUACAGCACAGGUACAGCAUUGCCGCAGUGGAGAUAAUAUAAGUUGUGCUCAUAAUCAUUCCGUGAUGUAUUUUCUAUGUUGUAACUAUACGUUUGCAAUAGAAAAUGAGACAUGCAAAACUUUGCAAUUCCAAUCCAAAGUAUUUUUAUUGUUAAUUUACACAUGUAAUGCUUAUUAUGUAGUAAUUAAAGGCAGGGUAGGCCAUAUUGUUGAAAAUAACUUGUCAUAUUUGCCGUAAAUUACUUAAUGAUAGCAACUAUCAUAGGGAGUCAGGUGGCUGAGCGGUGCACAUGUCGUUGUGUCCUUGGGCAAGGCACUUCACCCUACUUGAGAAUGUCUCGGGGAGAAUGUCCCUGUACUUACUGUAAGUGGCUAAAUGACUAAAUGUUAAUGUUAACUAAUAUAUACAAAGGUUUGACGGUAACAUUAAAUCAUUCUGUUGGCGUUGCAAUUCUGUGAUCAAUCUUUAAGGGGUACUGACUAGUGAUUGGACGGGCUACCUGUCUGUCUACGUACCUGUACGCACUCUGCCCCCCUGCUCGUUACUGUAGUUUUGUGGCUUUGAAGGGAGGAAGUGGAAUAUUUUGGUUUAAAUCAUAUAAAAAAUAAACUAAAAUAGCUAGCUUCACAAAACUUGCCUACCCUUCUUUUAAUCAUAUUGGCUAUUAUUAUUUUGAAGAAAACCACAUUAUUAUGAGGAGCUGUAUGGCAGAGAUUAGGGGUUUCUCACAGUUCUGUGUGUUUCUCCUGUACAAAUAACAUUACACAUGCAGAGUGGAUAUUAUGACAAAGGAGUUAUUUUAAAGCUGAGUUCUCACUAACUUGGAACUGUU